AUGUCGGAGGAAACAAUUAUGUCUAUGAAUGAUCAGACAAUUAAAAUUGAACCACCUGAAUAUUCACCAGAAGACAUUAAACUCGAAAUGGAAGAUGAAUUUGAUGAUCCUGGUGUUAUUGUUAAAUCUGAAUCGUGUUCUGAAGAUGAUGACACGUGUUUAGAAAGAUUCAUGAAUUCCGAGGUGACAAUUGAAGAAGAAGUCAAACAGGAGUUAGUCGAGCCAUCAACUUAUGAAUGUGACAUUUGCAAUAGAUCAUUUACGGAAACACAUCAUUUAAAAGAGCAUAUGAUCGAACAUAUGCCUAAUAAUAGCAAAGAAAGUCAUUUCAAAUGCGAAAUCUGUUACAAGGCUUUUGAUCGAUUAAGUGUUCUGAAAAGGCACAUGCUCAUUCACAGUGGUGAGCGUCCCCAUGAAUGCAGUACGUGCAAAAAGACUUUCACAGAAAGAGGUACUUUGAAACGUCACAUGCUGAUGCAUAGUGGAGUACGUCCUCAUGAAUGCAAUAUAUGCAAAAAAACAUUCACGCAUGCAAGUACUCUGAAACGUCACAUGCUGAUGCAUAGUGGAGUACGUCCCCACGAAUGCAAUAUAUGCAAUAAGAAAUUUACAAACUCAAGUCAACUGAAAACACACAUGCUUAUUCACAGUGGAGUACGUCCUCAUGAAUGCAGUAUAUGCAAAAAAACAUUUGCGCUAUCUUGCAAUCUGAAAAGUCACAUGCUGAUACAUAGUGGUGAGCGUCCCCAUGAAUGCAAUAUAUGCAACAAGACAUUCACGCAAUCAACUAAUUUGAAAAAUCACAUGGUGAUACACAGCGGUGAGCGUCCCCAUGAAUGCCAUAUAUGCAAAAGGACAUUCACAGAAAGAGGCACUCUUAAACGUCACAUGCUGACACACAGUGGAGUACGUCCUCAUGAAUGCAAGAUAUGCAAUAAGAAAUUUACACUAUUAGGUGCUCUGAAAAGGCAUAUGCAGAUUCAUAAACGAGAGCAUCCUGACAAAUGUGAAGUAUGUAAUAAGGAAUUUACUCAAUCGGACGAUUUGAAGAGACAUAUGGUACUUCACAGUCAGAAGCGUGGUGAAGAUCAAUAA